UGGCAGAGCAUGGCCAAGACCGUGCGCGAUGUCGAUGUCCAGAAGAUCGAAGACUGCAAGGACGAUAUUGACACUCUGCUCGUGUUCGCCGGUUUGUUCUCGGCCGUGCUCACGGCAUUCCUCAUUGAAUCGUACUCGAGCCUCCAACCGGACACCGAGUCUGAAAUAGUAUUUCUCCUACGACACUCCCUGGCUCAGAACUACACUAUCAGCGGCUCAUUCCUCAACACAACGGCUCCCUUCCCAGGGGCUAUGCCGUUCGAGACGCCCCUCUGGGCUUUGCGGGUGAACGGUCUCUGGUUCGCUAGUCUCAUAUGCAGCCUCGCCACUGCUUCGUUUGGGAUGCUCGUGAAGCAAUGGUUGCGAGAGUAU